UCGUUCUCGCCCAGUUUCCAUAGCUGGAUCUCUUCUCGCUUCUUGAAAACUUCAUACUGGAGCUUCAUCUUCUACCACAUGCCUCCCUUUCACUUCCUACUUUUGGAGGUCCGAAGUUUCUAUUCGUGUUGUGUGUUCGUUAAGCUCUUCAGAAGGCACGCCACGUGUUUGAUUAGAUGCUCUUGAGGAAAAUUUCGUAGUAUUAGAUCAUCGAAGAUGAUGGUCUAUGAAGGGUUCAAGGAAAUUCUCAAGAUUCAGAAGUUCAGGAGGUUCGUGGGGUACUCUGUGUUCUAUUGCUUCACAGCCGCCUUGAGCUAUGCUUAUACCAACAACACUACUAGAGCUGGAUAUUCUAGAGGAGACCAAUAUUAUGCGGCUUACCCGGCCGGAACUGAGUUGUUGGGUGAUUCUGAUAAGUUGUACAAAGCUGCUCUUGGCAAUUGCUUUGAAGCGGAAGAGUGGGGUCCCAUCGAGUUCUGCAUCAUGUCCAAGCACUUCGAGCGCCAAGGAAAAGCGCCGUAUGCAUAUCAUGCUCAAUAUGCGGCACACCUUCUCUCCCUUGGACAACUAGAUGGAUCUGGAUAGAGGGAAAAUGCUGAUGCUGCAAGAUUUAUUUGUUGGACUGUGUAAAGAUGAAAUUGCGGGAUAUAGGGAACAUCUUCCUGUUUGGAUUUGCUAAAAAUUAUAAAACCAAGAGCCCGUGGCUUCUUUUAUAGUUCGCAUGCUAUGUGUUAUUC